AUGCCCAAGGCCCGGCGGGCGCGGGGCUCCGGCCCGGCCCCGGCGCUGCCCUUGGCCGAGCAGAUCCUGCAGGACGCGGCCCCGCGGCUGCGGGCGCGGGAGAAGCGCGGGCCGGAGGAGCCGGGCGGCGAUGGCGGGGACGGGGACGGGGACGGGUUCGUGGACGCGCGGCUGUCCCGGCGCAUCCUGGAGCAGGCGCGGCGGCAGCAGGAGGAGCUGGAGGCCGAGCACGGCCCCGGAGCGCCCGCGGCACCCCGAAAGCGCAGCGCCGUUCUCGGCCCCGACCCGGACUCGGAGGAUGAUGAGGAGUGGCCUUCGCUGGAGAAGGCGGCGGCGGCCGCGGGACGGAGCGGGGACUACGGCGGGGAGGUGGAGGUGGAUCCCGAGGACGAGAAAGCCAUCGAGAUGUUCAUGAACAAGAACCCGCCGCUGAGGCGCACGCUGGCCGACAUCAUCAUGGAGAAGAUCACGGAGAAGCAGACGGAGGUGGAGACGGCGCUGUCGGAGAUCUCGGGCUGCCCCAUGCCCCAGCUCGACCCCCGUGUCCUGGAGGUCUACAGGGGCGUCAGGGAGGUGCUGUCCAAGUACAGGAGUGGGAAGCUCCCCAAGGCGUUCAAAAUCAUCCCUGCCUUGUCCAACUGGGAGCAGAUCCUCUACAUCACCGAGCCAGAGACGUGGACAGCGGCUGCCAUGUACCAGGCCACCAGGAUAUUUUCCUCCAACCUGAAGGAGAGGAUGGCCCAGAGGUUCUACAACCUGGUGCUGCUGCCGCGCGUCCGCGACGACAUCGCCGAGUACAAGCGGCUCAACUUCCACCUGUACAUGGCUCUGAAGAAGGCUCUGUUCAAACCUGCGGCCUGGUUCAAGGGGAUCCUCAUCCCGCUGUGCGAGUCUGGCACCUGCACGCUCAGGGAGGCCAUCAUCAUCGGCAGCAUCCUCAGCAAGUGCUCCAUCCCCGUGCUGCACUCCAGUGCGGCGCUGCUGAAGCUGGCAGAGAUGCAGUACAGCGGUGCCAACAGCAUCUUCCUGCGCCUGCUCAUCGACAAGAAGUACGCGCUGCCGUUCCGCGUGCUGGACGCGCUGGUGUUCCACUUCCUGGCCUUCCGCGCGGAGCAGCGCCCGCUGCCCGUGCUGUGGCACCAGAGCCUGCUGGCCCUGGCCCAGCGCUACAAGGAGGACCUGGCCUCGGAGCAGAAGGAGGCUCUGCUGGAGCUGCUCAAGUUCCACAGCCACCCCCAGAUCUCGCCCGAGAUCCGCCGCGAGCUGAUGAACUCCGGCACCAGGGACGUGGAGGGGGAGCGGGCGCCGGCCAUGGAGUGAGCAGGGAAGGGCUGGGAUGCAGCUGGAGCCUGGGGCACGAGAUCCCUGCUGGGUCCUGCUGCUCUGAGCGGGCACUGGGACAGGCUGGGCCCUCAGAGCUGGACUGGGCUGCUGCCAGUGCCAGCCAGGAGCCCGGGGACAGCAGCACGGGGACACUCUGGCUGUCCCUGGACACCUUGGCUGUCCCUGGACACCCUGGCUGUCCCUGGACACUCUGGUUUGUCCCUGGACACCUUGGCCUGUCCCUGGUGGACACCCUGGCUUGUUCCUGGACACCUUGGCUGUCCCUGGACACCCUGGCUGUUCCUGGACACCCUGGCUGUCCCUGGACACCCUGGUUUGUCCCUGGACACUCUGGCUGUCCCUGGACACUCUGGUUUGUUCCUGGACACUCUGGCCUGUCCCUGGACACCUUGGCCUGUCCCUGGACACCUUGGCUGUCCCUGGACACUCUGGCUGUUCCUGGACACCUUGGCCUGUCCCUGGACACUCUGGCUGUUCCUGGACACUCUGGCUGUCCCUGGACACUCUGGUUUGUUCCUGGACACUCUGGCUGUUCCUGGACACCCUGGUCUGUCCCUGGACACUCUGGCUGUUUCUGGACACUCUGGUUUGUUCCUGGACCCUCUGGCUUGUUCCUGUACUCAAAAUAAAACCAGAGCCCUGUCACUCAGUCAGGGCUGGCUCUGCUCCCAGCCUGUCCCUGUCCCCACCAGCUGCUGGAGCUCCUUGCCCAGGGAUUUUCCCAAAAAAAGCCUCUCAGGGUUUGGUUCCUGAAGCCACAGCGCCACCAUCCUCCCCUGGCCAUGGGUCACCUGCCUGGUGUGCCACUGGCACUGUGCCCGAGUGCCACCUCUGCUGGAAAACCAAACCCAGGGGAGACUUUUCCACCAGGCCCUGCUGUCACUGUCACUGCCAGCUCUGUGCCCUGGUACCACUGUCACUGCCAGCUCUGUGCCCUGUGCCACUGUCACUGCCAGCUCUGUGCCCUGUGCCACUGUCACUGCCAGCUCUGUGCCCUGUGUCACUGCCAGGUCUGUGCCCUGCUGUCACUGUCACUGCCAGCUCUGUGCCCUGUGUCACUGUCACUGCCAGCUCUGUGUCUUGCUGUCACUGUCACUGCCAGCUCUGUGCCCUACUCUCACUGCCAGCUCUGUGCCCUGCUGUCACUGUCACUGCCAGCUCUGUGUCCUGGUACCACUGUCACUGCCAGCUCUGUGCCCUGUGCCACUGUCACUGCCAGCUCUGUGUCUUGCUGUCACUGUCACUGCCAGCUCUGUGCCCUACUCUCACUGCCAGCUCUGUGCCCUGCUGUCACUGUCACUGCCAGCUCUGUGCCCUGUGUCACUGUCACUGCCAGGUUUGUGCCCUGCAGUCACUGUCACUGCCAGCUCUGUGCCCUACUCUCACUGCCAGCUCUGUGCCCUGCUGUCACUGUCACUGCCAGCUCUGUGCCCUGUGUCACUGUCACUGCCAGUGUCCCUCAGGGUCCUCUCCCCACUCCAUGCUGGGAAAAGCAAAGCUGGAGCUCCCAAGGGAUCCCCAAAACCAUGAAAAGACCCAAGAACACCACAGGGAAACCCUCGAGCCACCAAUUUUUUUUUUUUUGUUUUUUUUUGUUUAAAAUAUUUUAUUGCAACAUCACAGGGUUCUCCGGCUCUCCCAGCAGCGAGACUCGUGCGAGUGAACACCAAACCAGUUUUACUCUUAAAUUAAAAAUUCAUUUUGAUAUA